AUGCCAUCGGCGCAGUCUCUGUCCGAGCGGCAGCGACACGCGCGCUUCUCACUGUUGCCGUCAUCAACGGCUUUCCUCUCUUUCGAUGUGCUGGAGUGGAUCCCAAGCAAGGACAGCGCCAGUGGUGAGCUGCUCGCGCUUCGUCCUGCCAGGGGUGUCGCCUCUGAGCACCGCUACAACAGUAGCGCGUCUGUGGCUUCUCGUGAGAGGCGAGUCCACCCGCGCGACUGCAGUGCUUUUGAGUCUUCUGUUGGCUCGUGGGCGUGCUUCCGGACACUCUCCUGCUACGGCGAUAUUCUUGUGCUCGAGGAUGCGCAGUCUGUCGACGUCGGUGCCGCUCACCGGCACGAGUACACGUGGCAGCAGGGGCCAAGCUGUCUGCCGUUAGAGGGUGAGGUGAACGCCAGCUUUGGUGCGAGCACAGAUCACCGGCCGAUGCCCGCCUCCGUCUCCCAUAAUGCUACCCAUAUCGGUACUGACAUAGUCCCCCGAGAGGCCCUUCUCACCACGCGGCGCUUAGGUCGGCCAGCACAUCGGCAGCACCAUCCUACGCAUGAGAUUCCGAUGCGGGAUGUCCACUCCGUGCGUCGCCACUCCUUUCAGACGCCAAUAUCACUUCUAUUCGACGCGAGGGGUCACCUCAUCAGCGAAAGGGAGAGCAGCGACACGGCGGCUCGCAGUGAUCGCGCGAAGUGGCUUGUUCCGCGGCGCCGUCAUCAUCGCAAUGGCAGUUCGCCAAAGGUAUCGAGUCUGCAGUGGCGCUACGAGCUGUGGGGGCCUGUUGGCGUUACUUUCACUCUGCGAGGCGGUCGUCGCAUAUUCUUGGCCUUCGCGUCGGCACAACACGCGGAGCAGAUAGAGAAGCUGCUGAUCCGCUUCGCCACUGGCGCCAAGCUCAGUCGCGAAGAGCAGCGUUGUCAUUUCAAUCAGCGGAACAACACUGACGCAUCCGCAUCCGUUUUGCAGAUGCCCACGCGGUCUGCGGACGAUGACAUGCCUUACGCUGCGUCUGCAGGUGAGGUGUUUGUGGCGCCGCUCUCCCCCGGUGUACUGCAGCGCACCUCUUUGCAGUCUUUCACCUCAGCACGCGAGGCCUCCUUGCGUAAAGCCCCAGCCACGCCGGCCUCGCCGCGAGUGGACACUGCAUCCCCAUCGACUUGGGCUUUUGCAGCCCACUCACUCGUCUCUUCCACACCUGCGGGGUUGCCGCCGCAGACGGUGGUUUUUGCACGAGGCAGCUCGCUCUUGGGGCUCAGUGGUACCGCGACCGCGUCACAUGAAGUGAGAUGUGCGCCGGCAUGGGAGACACGUUGUGGCUCUAGCAAGCCUCCCGGUAGGGGGUACUUGUACUGCCGCCCCUGGGGAGAGGCGUCGAGGUAUCGGCGGUACUACCUUAAGAUGUCUACUACAGCAGGCAUGAGUCACAUAGCUCACCUCUCGCGGCAUCGCCUACGCUUGUGGCAGCGCCUGCAGCAAGCCUUUGGAAAUGACAAGCACUCCGUCUGGCUAGAUCUGCGUCGCACCUCUGUCUCCCCAAGCCCCGCACACGAGAAUUUGUUGCUGUUGGCACCUCAGGUCGAGAGUUUCACGCAGCACCAGAACGUAGAGCUGCUCGGAAGUGGCGUGACACUUGUGGGCCCCGCGAGUAAGUCCUCUGCCGCGCGCGCUGCGCGUCGAAGAGAGCCGGAACUGUGCACUGGACGCCCUGUUGUCUUCGAAGCGCUUGCCAAGUCGCCCGAGGAGCGGACAUUGUGGCUUGCAUGGUUUUGCAGCCACGGUGCUACGGUGCCGACACCUGUCGGUGCUGUUCAGAUGGGGGACAGUGCUGGUGUCCUGCGGACGCCGGAGGCGUCGGCGGUGUUUAGGCAACUCGGCGGUGCGGAACUUCUCACCACCUCACCCGCGAUCGGAGCUGAACAAAAGGCGUUUCUCUCAAAUACGGCGGAUCGGUGGGUGUCGAGCUGGGAGACAUCGACCCUCUCCGUCGAAACGUCUCCUUCGGCGAAGCCACUGGGCAUCGGCACGCCGCGCCUUCCGCUAAAGGAGCCGUCAGAGGGGCAACGAGGCGGGCUUCGAGCGCCUGCGGAGGCGAUAGCGGCACCAAGGCUGAGCCCCCCUUUCCCCGAAGAUUUGAGUAAAGCAUCUUCCUUUCUGCGCAAGUCCCUCCUUGCAUCUGGCAAGCACGUCAGCAGGCGAGCACACGUGCAGCCACCCCCAGCUUUGGCUUUCAGCACAGGUGACAGGAAGGGGAGCGAGGCGGAGCUGUCGAUUGUCGUCGAGGACGAUGACCUUGACAAGGUGGCGCUGUACCCCGAAACCGCUGUGCCGCACUCAGCGGGCCGCUUGAUGCGCAGUGAUUGUGCAACGGUGGAUCACGUGGUAGCUCCGCUCUGUCGUACGCCCGCGCCGCCUCUUCUGGCUGAAGCUGCGCGUUGGCCACGCAGCAGCAGUGAGAGGGCCGCCGAAGCGCCGAAUAUCAUAGCCGUGGCGGAGGAAAAGCCGAAGACUGACCAUACAGUCACUAGCAAUGGUCCGAGCGCGGUCCCUAUGUACUUGGAAGACACGGCGUCAUCUGAACUCUCAUCCCCCGAAAGGUCGGAUGAGUCGCCGCCGCAGCUGCUCGCGACGACCGAGAAAUCGCCGCGGCCCUCCUCGAGUAUAUCCACACCGCAGGAUGGCAGCAACAGCCCCAAUCAGUGCAGUAAGAGCAAGACUCAUCGAGGCCACAGCGAAACACCGCUGGAGCCCACCGAGGCUGCACAGCGAGCGACCUGUACGGCAUCCUCCACCGUGGCGUUAGUCACCUCACAGCCUAGCAGGCCUGCGACGACGACCGACGGUGGUGCAACGCCAGCGCCUCUCAAAGCUUCACUCACCGUUGCCGCAUCGACGUCCUUUCCUGCGGAGCAACAUCAAGACAGGUCUGGCUGCUUAAAUAGUGGUAGUACACCACCUCGCACUGUAAAGCCUGAGGCGGCGUUUUUCACGGCUACGUCCGUGAAGGCCUCGGUUACUACGUUGUCGCAACAGAUGCGGCCGGCAUCGAACAGGAUUUCCUCAACUGGUGCCCAGCCCAGCGCUGCUCCCCCAGCGGCGCUACGGAGGACCAUGGAGAAGCCGACGGGCACGAGCUCGUCAGGUAGGAUGGACCAUCAGCUGUGCGAUGAGUCCGUAAUAAGCGGACUUCGUCAUGGGGCAUGCGUUAUACAGGACACCUCGACAUCGUCCUCCCCCGCUCCAUCAUCGCGAGAGAGUCUGGUCAAGGGCGACGGAGACACCCAUGACGCGCGGGUCUCUGAGAUGUCUUCAUUAUCGCCUCUUGCACCGGAGCGCGGUUUACUGCCAUCAUCGAGCUCGGUGGUGGACCUGCGACUGUUGCAAUUUCUCGAAGCCCGUGUAAGCGAGACGAGCGAUGACCAAGUGGGUAGUUGCCGCGGCAGUUGCCGCCGAGGUGGUGGUACGCCAAUCAGGUUAGCAUCAACUCCGUUUGAUCUUCACGUGGUGCCAUCGAGCUAG